GCAGACACACCGUUUAAACAUUCUUAGAUCUACAUCAAGCAAGGUUCUGGAAAACGUAAAAGCGGAAUAGCUGGAGGCGAUCAAGUAAUUACUGCUAUAAUAGAACGACGAGCUAACCGUGUGCUGCUGAGUUUCUAAUCAAAGCGGAACAGUUGGAGGCGAUCAAGUAAUUACUGCUAUAAUGGAACAGCACCUACUCGCACCAUGCGAUGAGAUGCAAUCAACACCGCGCAUUCGGACACAAGCACAUGUGGAACGGCCCUCUUUCACCCGAAUGUUUCUAUCUUUUCGUCGACGGCGGGAACAAAGACCUCAAACAAGUAAUGACAGUGAGGAUCGGAGCUAUGUAAUCGACAUCACUGAGGAGGAAGUCAGGUCAUUCAUUACUGAUAGUGCUGUGCAGAAGUUCGAAUCUUUGGAUGAUGCCAUAGUGAAAGUGAAUUGUCGUCAGAAGAUACAAAAAGUUCCGUUUAUCUUGCGUGCCAACGAAAAAUUGAUUAAGCACUAUGUGCCAAGGAUGAUAGCAAUCGGUCCUUACCAUCAUAAUAAUUCAAAUUUGAAGAACACAGAAAAGCUAAAACUCAAAUUAGCUUCUCUAUUCAUCAAAAAGUAUAAUUUGGAUGAAACAAAAUUAUAUUCCAAAGUUAGGAGAGAGAUCAAAUAUCUGAGGGAGUGUUAUGAGGAGAAGGAAACUGCACCAUUCCCUGAUGAUGACCUUGCAUGGAUGUUUUUUGUGGAUGGAUGUGCACUACUUCAUUAUAUAGAUUUUGCAGUGACUGAUAAGGAAGAUACCAUGAUUAAGGAGUUCAAAGAACAAGGUAUUGAAAUUGAGUACUUGGUAUAUGCAGAGCAAGAUCUGUUCUUAUUGGAGAACCAACUUCCUUAUCGAGUCCUCAAAUUAUUAAUAAGCUGCAUGAGUAACCGAACGCGGAUGAUAAUAUCAAUUGAGAAGUUCAUCUUUGGUAUCAUCAAGGCCCCAAGAGAGAAGCAUGAGCAAUUGGAACAUAAGUCAUUGCAAAAUGAAAAUCCAAUGCAUCUUCUGGACCUUUUGCGAACAGGACUACUCCAAAUUGAUGUCAAGGAAAACCAAAUGCCAUGCACCAUAGUUCGACAACUAAUUAAGAAAUUUUCCGAAUACAUAACUGAGCCGCUUGAAAAGGUUAAGAACUUGAUGGAGUGCAUUGUUAAGCCAAUUGAGAAUUGUUUCUCAUGUACACAAGUACAUGAUUUGCAGUUUUUCCGUAAUGUUGAGGAGCUUAAGGCAGCAGGGAUUCGGUUGAGGCCUAGUGGCACAGGUUGUUUGAAAGACGUUACUUUUAAUCUUGGAGCUUUGAGGCUUCCUUUUAUUCAAGUGGACGACUCAACUGCAUCCAAGUUCUUGAACUUGAUCGCUUACGAAAUGUGUCCAGAUUUUGUAAAUGACUUUGGGGUCUCCUCUUAUGUAGCAUUUCUCGAUAUACUCAUUGAUCAAGCCCAAGAUGUUAAAGAGUUGCGAGAUAAGCAAAUACUCCAUAAUUUUCUGGGUAGUGAUGAAGACGUGGCUAAACUCUUUAAUGAGAUAGGCACAGACUUAGUGUCAAAUCCUAAUAUAUAUCGAGAUGUCAAAAGCAAAAUCCAAAGACGCUAUGACAACAAAUUCAUGACUUCGAUGGCUCAAUUUAUUCACGAAUAUUUCCGAAGCCCCUGGAGUGCGAUUGCUUUCGUUGCUGCGAUAAUAGCACUUGCUUCGACUGUUGCACAGACAGUUUACACAAUUUUAGGAUAUUAUAAAUAAGGAAUAUGUGAUCUUCUGCAAUAUCCGAGUAGUUUUUCCUUUGAACGAGAUCUUUUAGGUUCUAUUGGGCAUGUUGGUGCAUUUUCCAGAAGGAAAUGAAGCUGGUCUUGGGAUGCCGCCCCCAAUUUUAUUUUAUUUUUCCUUAGCGUUGCCUGUAAUCCUCCUUUGUGAGAGAGGAAUGUAACCGAAAACUGAAUGAUGAACAUAAAUGUGUCUGGUUAUGGGUUUGUUUUACUGUAUAUAUAGUACUAUUUGGCUGAUGGCUCCAUGUAAGAUUGUGUAUUGAUCUUUUCAUAUGUGAUAAAUGUU